GUUUCUUUCUGUCAUGCAGCACGGAGGAUUUUACCGUUGCACCACUGAUGUAAUAUUCAGUUCCUGAGUAGUAAGGGUCAUGAGUGGAGUUUGUUAGGUGUGUAGUUAUCGAGGUUAAAUCUUCUCUGAACAAUCACUCUACGAGAUCUAAAUAAUGUUACGAACACUGUGUCGGACGGGCGGGGCCCUUUUGCAGGUAAUUGUCCAAUAUUUUAGUCUUUUUCCCGCUUGUUAGCUCGCGUAACACGCUGACAGUUCCCCCCUCUCGCUGAUGUCAUUCAGACUCAUUGUGUAUGAAUGAGAAAUGUAACUAUAAUACUCAUUAAAUCGGUAUAUUGUUUACAUUUCGUUAUGGAUACAUAUGUCCUCUCUGAGUAAAUUGACUGUAGUUGAUAAUUCAUGUAUUAAAAUCUGUUUAUAACCUCUCACCUCUGUACAGGUGUUUUUACUGCUCACCUGUACAGCUAAACUCUGCACUAAAACAUGUUUGUAACAGAUGAUUUAUACAAUAUUUGUUUAAUGUUAAAGGUAGGAUACAAGCAUAUAAUAAAUGGAACAUACUUUCAUUAAAAAAAAAACAACAACAACUGAAUCAAGCAACUGGAUUUUACUGAUGGCUUUAGUAAAAUUGGAGAGUCCAUUCGCUUUCCAGUGACAGAUAGUGCCACCCAUUGAUAAGGAACUUAAUACAUUUCCCCUGUCUUUGCAGCAAACCCAGCGAGCGGCGCCAAGGUUGUGGGUCACACCGGCUCAGCAGCGAUGGGCUUCCACACUGCCCAUGAACACGGUCGUCCUGUUUGUGCCUCAACAGGAAGCCUGGGUGGUUGAAAGGAUGGGUCGCUUCCAUCGGAUCUUAGAGCCAGUACUGUUACCUGAUUAAUUUCACUAAACUUUCUUUCAAACAACAAAUGAACUCUGUAGCUCACUAACCUUGUGAUUGUCCUAGGGUUUAAACUUCCUCAUACCUUUACUUGACCGGAUUCGCUAUGUGCAAAGUCUAAAGGAGAUUGUUAUUGAUGUCCCAGAGCAGUCUGCUGUAUCUCUAGGUGAGGAAUUAAUAAAGCAUCAGAUUUUUCAUUAAUAGUUGACUGCAUAGCUCAUGUGUUGGAACUUGAAUGAUGCAAGUUUCUUAUUUUUUUUUUCAGAUAAUGUAACUCUUCAGAUUGAUGGAGUGCUUUACUUAAGGAUCCUAGACCCUUUUAAGGUACACCACUAAGCCCUUCUUUUCAAGUUUGAAUGAGGGUCUGCUCUGUUGUGUUGUUUUACUCUCAUCUCAGUGACAUUAGAUCUUUUUCUUGUUUUGACCUCUUCUGUUCGUCUCUAGGCCAGUUAUGGCGUGGAGGAUCCAGAAUAUGCUGUCACACAGUUGGCACAGACCACCAUGCGGUCAGAACUGGGCAAACUCACCUUGGACAAAGUGUUCAGGGUAAUGACAAAGUGCUGCUGGGUUUUUAAAGGUUUGAAAUGAAAGGUGUUGUUGCACUUUCAGGGUUUGACUUUUUGUUUCUGUUAAAGGAAAGGGAGUCUCUGAACUCUAACAUCGUCCACUCCAUCAACCAAGCUUCAGACGAGUGGGGGAUUCGCUGUCUCCGAUAUGAAAUCAAAGAUAUACAUGUCCCACCUCGUGUCAAAGAAUCUAUGCAGAUGCAGGUGAGGCUACAGAAAAUAUAUACAUAUAUAUAUAUAUAUAUAUAUAUAUAUGUACAUAUAUGCGUGUGUUUUCAGGAGGUUUCAAAAUCGUAUUCAUGUUUUGUUCUUGUGCAGAUUUCGUAAGAUUUUCGUUAUCAGAGCAUUACAAAGUCUAGCACUUUAGUAAUUUGACUCUGGGCAAGCUACAAAGAUAUAAUUUUUGAGGAAAACACUCCAACAUACAUUUGAACACCUCUGUGCAGGUGGAAGCCGAGCGGAAGAAGAGGGCGACAGUGCUGGAGUCUGAAGGGACAAGGGAAGCUGCCAUCAACGUUGCAGAGGGUCGUAAACAAGCUCAGAUUCUGGCAUCAGAGGGUCAAAAAGCUGAACAGAUCAAUAAAGCAGCUGGUAGGUGCAUUAAAGACUCAGUUGUUUGAACUUUUGUUUUUAUGCAGCUGCGUUGUGAAGUGUUUUGAUAUGAGGCUGUGGAAGUAAGAAAAAUGGGAAAAGUGAUCCAAACCUAAUUACACUAAUUGCACACCACUUUUGGCGUACAAUGUUUCCUUCAGGUGAGGCCCAAGCAGUCCUGGCUAAAGCAGAGGCAAAGGCCAAGGCUAUCCGCAUGCUGUCUGAGGCGCUGACUGAACAUGUGAGGCCUCUUUUUUUAAUCUACAAUCACAAACUGUAGUUUUUAAGAGUCUUAUUUUGAAAAUUGUACGUCUAUUUUGUGAUUUUCUUGUAUUAUUAUUUGUAUUUCAGAACGGAGAUGCAGCAGCCUCAUUAAGCGUGGCCGAGCAGUACGUGUCUGCUUUCUCCAACCUUGCCAAAGAGUCCAACACCAUCCUUUUGCCCUCUAAUAGUGGCGACAUCAGUGGGAUGGUCACACAGGUAUCUAAAGUUGACAGACCCUGGACACAGUACAUUUGAUGUUUUUCUUGUCUUGUUCCAGGGCAAUAAUGGCUCCCAUCAUGUUUCCCUCUUUGCAGGCUAUGACUAUUUACAACAAAUUGGCAAAGACAAGCCCAAAACCAGUGCCAGAGGUGGUGGAGGAAAAGGGAGAAGAGCAUGAGAACCAGUCAACAUCACCUCAAUAACAGCAACUCAACAAGCGAAUGAACUAAAAGCAGGAAAAUGACACAGAACCAAAAGAAACAGGACGUGUCAGUUAUCUGGGCCCAGAGGCUCAGCAGAGUUCACAUACCGUCUACCCAUGGGCCAGAGGAGAAUUAUAAACUGCUGGAAGGUUUUGCCUGGAAUUUAUUGGAAAAACUCACAUUUUUUAAGAGAGGAUACCUUAUAUCUUCAGUGACUGUUGUUUAUGUUUAGCGUUGCUGGAUUGGGAAAUAACACCAGCCUUUACCCAAAUAAAGGUGGGCUAGCAAAAGGAUUUUUCAGUCAUUGUAGCCAGUGUCAGAAAAUAUAAGCCAUGGGUAUUGUCCAGGAAGUGAUUGAUCUGCUUUUUUUUGCCAGCGUUUAUGUAUUCCUGCAAAAUAUGAAUCCCAGAUUUAAUCCUAGAAUUUGACAGAAAAUUAAACAUGUUUCCCUUUUAAAGUUAUUUUUCCCAAUCCUCGUCCAAAUCACUGCUCUAAGGUUCUCUUGGCUUGUUACUUUCAGCACGGUCAUAAAAACUAGAUCUGGUUAACUACUUACUGAAAACAACUUGUUUACAUUCAUCAGAGGACAUUUUUUAAUAGUCUUGAGCUUAGUGGGACCAGAGACCUUUUGAUGCAGUAAGAGUUCUGGCUUGACUGCCUCAGAUAUGUAGUUUCCUAAAGUGUGGUCUACUCACUUUUUGGCUAAUGUUGGUUUACUAGAUUGAUCUCCCUAAAAGUUCUUUUACCUGAGCAUCUGAAGAAAAAAUGCUCACCACUUUAGUCUUACAGGAUGUGUUUGCGGGGUUUCCUGGUCUUCUGCACAGAGAGAAAAGUUAGUCAUUUUCACUGAUGCCUAAAAAUGUUCAGAGGAUGGUGACAUGAAACUCUCUGGUAAUUCAGAUCAUCUGUUAAAGGCAAACUGACAAUAUGAUUUCCAAAAGUUUGGUUUAGUUACCCACAUAUUUUGGAUUACUGUUUCAGUUCGGCAUUGUAAAAAUACAAUAUAUGAAAAUAAAUAAGUUGUUAAGCAUG